AUGUGUUCUGCGCCAAAAACCUUCGGGUCUUUGUCUGUAACGGCGAAGCAGGUGAUUUUCGCUUUGAUCGUGGCCGCAUCAAAACUGCAAACAGGCUUUGUCAUUGGCUGGUCGACCGUCUUGCCCAAAAUUGAAGCAGACAACACCACAAGUUUCAGCCUCACCGAGAGAGACAUAACCUUGCUGAGUGAGAUUUCCAUGCCGGGCAUCGCAGGCAUCCCGGGGGCCCUCGCGACGGGGCCCUUGAUAGAGAUGAUGGGCCCAAAGAGGAGUCUCCAGGUCCUCCUCCUCCUGGCCGGGAUACUAUGGCUCGUCCAGGCCUUCACGCCGUUCCGGUCUGUCCUCUACCUGGGGUGGAUGUGCUCUUGUCUCGUGUACACGGCUCUGGGCCCACUUCCGGCGGUCCUCAUCACAGAGAUAAGCGAACCGAGAAUCCGUGGGUUUCUGCUCAACACGUCGGGAGUCGUCGUCGCUCUAGGCCAACUGAUCAUGUCCGUGAUGGCGUUUCUCCUGCCGUGGGACGUUGCCACUGCUGUCUGCGCGGCACCCAUCACGCUGACCGCCGUCCUCACCUACUUUGUGCCUGAGUCUCCUUACUGGCUAGCUCGCCAAGGUCGGAAGGACGCAGCUCUGAAGUCUCAUGACAGAGUGCGAACUAUGACGGAAACAGUGAGCCUCGAACUUCAAACAAUUACAAGCGCUGAGGGAAAUCGCCAGACAACCAUGAUGGAUCAGAUCUGGCGACUUGGUUCUCGCCAGUACUAUCUACCAGUUCUUCUGCUGGCGGUGGUGUUCAUUCUGAGGGAGCUCGGAGGGCAGUACGUGGUCUUCUCCUACACGGUGUACCUCUUCCGGAAGGCGGGCGUCGGCCUGGACGCCUUUGUCUGCACAGUCCUGGUGGGCGUCGUGAGGCUCGUCUUCACAGUGGUCGGCGCGGCGGUAGUGGACCGCGUCGGGCGUCGCCCUCUGCUGAUCGCCACGUCUCUCGUGUGCGGAGCGGCCGAGGUCGUCGGCGCGAUAUUCCUGCUAGUGGACGUCCCCGGGUCUUCGUGGGUCCCGCUCGCAGCGGUGAUGAUUUUCGUGUCCUCGUACGGCCUUGGAAUCGGCCCUAUACCCUGGGCUCUCAUGGGCGAACUCAUUCCCACUCCUGUGAGAUCAAUUGGAAGUUCAGUGUGCAUCAUGAACCUUUCAUUUUUUAGCUUUGUCAUUAGCUUCGUCUUCCCGUAUUUGCUGGAAAUUGGUCUUGGUUUUGCACUAGUGUUAUUUGCUUCUGCUCAUGCCAUCUUGACACUAUUGCUCUAUGCCUUCUUACCCGAAACUCGUGGACGGUCUCUAAGCGACCUUGAAAAUGUGUUUAAACCCACUUCGGGGAAUUAA